UCCAACAAACACUCUUCCUCCUCCAGAUUCUUUCUUCUCACCUUCCCCUGUCUUCCCCAAGGACCUCAACCAAACACAUUCUCAUCAACUUCCAUCCCACAAAAUAAAAACAAAUUCAUGAUACUACAACAUUAAUUUGGAAGUAUUGAAUUUUUAUUUAUUGAUGUUGAGGAGGGAAGGAUAUUGUUGUUUGUUCACCUGUAAACCUGGGAAAGUCUGGGGAGUUUUUCUUCGAGGGGAUAUUUGAUUGCAUCCAUGACAUCACUGUCGCUCUCGCUUUGUCUAGGAUGAACGACUCUGCAUACAGGGUUCAAACCACUGCUCGUCUUGCCCAAUGGAGGAUAGACAAUCUUGCUUCUUUCUCCUACCGGAAAUCCGAUCCCUUCAAGAUCGGCAAAUGGAACUGGCAUUUGGUUCUGGAAAAGAACAGGGUUUUAUUUGUUAAAUUAUACCCAGAGAUAUCUAAUUUAACCCGAGAGAAUCCUCCGAUUGCAUCUUUCAUAAUCCGGGUGGUCUCUUCAGCUGGAGAUCGAAAGUCUCUCACUCAUCCAGAAAUAACAGACAAGCAACUGAAGAACAACGACGAUUUUGUUUGGGCAAUUGAGGUUCCUUUAACAGGGAAAUUCAUCAUUGACGUCGAAUUUGUUGAUUUGAAGAUUGCAUCACUAGAGGGUGGGGAACCUUGCUCCAUCUGGGCUGAAGGAUUCAGCCAGAAGAGAUCAAAUGCAACAGCUCUUGCAUCCCUUGGUCGAAUGUUGACAGAAGGCAUUCACACAGACAUUAUAAUUAAUGCCUCCGAUGGAAGCAUUGGAGCUCACCGUGCUAUUCUUGCUGCAAGAUCACCUGUUUUCUGCAGCAUGUUUUCACAUGACCUGAAAGAGAAAGAACACUCAACAAUUAAUAUCUGUGAUAUGUCAAUAGAAGCUGUUCAGGCUUUUCUCAGUUACAUUUAUGGGAACAUUCAACAUGAAGAAUUUCUCACACACCGAUUGGCUCUUCUCCGUGCAGCUGAUAAGUAUGAUGUAUCUGACCUGAAAGAAGCAUGCCAUGAGAGUCUUCUAGAAGAUAUUGAUGCAAAAAAUGUCCUUGAGAGAUUGCAGAAUGCAUCCCUCUAUCAAUUGCCAAAACUGAAGUCCAGUUGCAUGAUAUAUCUCGUAAAGUUUGGUAAAAUAUAUGAUAUCCAAGAUGAAUUCAAUGCUUUCCUGCAUUCUGCAGAGAGGGAGCUUGUAGCUGAAAUCUUCCUUGAAAUUCUCAAUGCUUGGAAAGGUUUCUAAACUUCUGCCUACAAAGAAAGCAGGGGAAAGCAUGUUAAGUCAUUGGUUAUAUUCGUCCAUUAAACAGAUUGCUAGAAAGAUUUAGUGUGAAGGAUUGGUGCGAGGUUAUUUUUUGUGCACGUAGAAUUUAUUCAUGAUUUCAUGUAAAUACAUCUGUUUAUUUGACAUGAACAAUGUAUCCCUGGUUAAAACUAUUCAUGUGUACAUAAUGAUUUGGAUGAAAUUUAAAACUUUUCCCUUCAGACUCUGCCAUGCACAAGAAAUGAAGCAUUGAGAUUUUCUUAGGAACUCUUAACUUCCAAGCAUGGUUUCUGACUAUUGUAAUCGCUGAGGAAUUGUCUACCUUUUUGCCUUGUCGAUUACGCCGAGUUGACUGACACCAACUAAUCUUUUUGAGUUUGAAGCAGGCAAACAGAACACAAGCAAACAAAACAUGCCAUUCAAUCAACAUCAUGACAAUUU